AUGAAAGUCUCCACAGCAUUAGAGAUCUUGAUUCUUCUUGCUGUCUUGAUUUGGCCUUGUGCUGAGAGCAUCAAUGUGAAAAUAACCUGUUCUUUGGAUUGGGUGAUGGUCGCUGUUAGCCCUUCCACUGACAACAGAAACAUUCUAUACAUACGUGCUGAUGAAUUAUUUCUGGGAACGGGCUGCCCUGUGAGUUGGAUACAAACAUAUUUGUACCAUUUUGUAUACCCUACUCAUAAAUGUGGCAUCAGGCAAACGGUUAUCUCGGAGGACACAGUUCUCUUUCAAACUGAGAUAUACUUUACACCAAGGAAUGUUCACUGCCAAUCUCAGACCAUCCCUUUGGAGUGUUCUGCAUCUCGGAAAUCAGUAUGGCUUACAGCAGUUUGUAAUGAUGAUGAAAUAAAAUUGGAACCAAGUCCCUUUAUGGAUAACUUUGAAGCAAGUCCAGAAGAGUUAGGGUUACUAAAUUUUCAUCAAGAUGUCUCCCAUUAA